AUGAAUAGAUGUAUCGUGUUACAGGCGCGGUGGGGUUCAUCUCUGAAUCACCACCUCCCCCAAAGCGCGGCUUGA